AUGAUUGGAGCUACGGUACAAGAAGAUCUUUUUUCCAUAGUUUUACGUUUUCGCAUGCACCUUAUUGCCGUCACUGCUGAUGCAGAAAAAAUGUACAGACAAAUUAGAAUGCAUCCAGAUGAUCAAAAAUAUCAGCGGAUUCUAUGGAGGGGUUCUCCAGAUUCUGAACUUCAUCAUUAUGAGAUACAGACGGUUACUUAUGGCACGUCGAGCGCCUCGUUUAGUGCGACUCGUUCUCUCAUCUAUAUUGCUGACGAAGCGUUAAAACAAAACCCAAAUUUAGAAAAGGCUGCAUAUUUUAUUACGAAGGACAUCUACGUCGACGAUUACCUAAGUGGAGCGGAAAACGUAGUGGAGGCCACUUGUCUCAUAAAGGACGUCUCUAGUAUACUUAGCUCAGCUGGACUAAAUCUUCAUACUACCUCUAAUUUUGUGCUCUCUAUUGGCGAUGAUGAAUUUGUAAAAACUCUUGGAUUGGUUUGGUUACCUAUGUCUGACAAUUUCAGCUUUCGGAUAAAAUUUGGUGUCUCGAAACAGAAAACUACCAAGCGGUCCAUGCUGGCCGACCUCAAUCGUGUAUUUGAUCCUCUUGGUCUUGCAGAUCCAGCCCUUAUUAGAGGCAAGGCAUUUCUACAAGAGUUAUGGCAACUUAAACUCUCAUGGGAUGAUUUACUACCUCAAGAAAUGAUAGAUCGAUGGGACGCCUUUUUAGACAAUCUACAAAAAUUUGAUCAAUUGGCCUUACCAAGAAGUAUUAAAUGUGAACAUCCAUCCUGCCUAAGCAUUCAUGGAUUCUGCGAUGCUUCGCAGAAGGCUUACGCGGCUUGCAUAUACUACCGUUAUCAAACCCCAGAUGGCCAUUGGUCAAGCCGGCUGCUAUGUGGUAAAUCAAGAGUUGCUCCACUUAAGAUUGUAAGCAUUCCACGAUUAGAACAUUGCGCUGCUCAUUUGUUGUCAGAACUUAUAAGCAAGGUUGCAGAUACGCUGUCUAUAUGUACUUUUUCAUUUAAUUGUUGGACGGACUCAAUGGUCGCCCUCGCUUGGAUCAAGGGCAACUCGUGCAUGUGGAAGACAUUUAUCGCUAAUCGAGUAUCUCAAAUACAUGAAGUCACGAAUCCAAAUCAAUGGCGAUACGUGAACACCACACAAAAUCCCGCAGAUGUAGCAUCAAGAGGCAUGAGGGUUGAAGAUCUACUUUAUUAUGACAUGUGGUGGAAUGGACCAUCUUUUUUGCGACAAGAAGAAGAUGAGUGGCCGCAGGAGAAAUGUGACGUGAGCGUUCCAGAAAAUAUAUUAGAGAAGAAGGUCAUUAGUUUUACAUUACUGACAAGUAAUGAACCCAUAGAAGUAAUCGAGCGUUAUAGUACAUGGUCUCGCAUGCGUAGAAUAACGGCCUAUCUACUUAGAUUCGUGAGUAACGCGAAAUCAAAUUCUUCACUUCGAAGGAAAGGGUGUUUAACAACGGCGGAAUUGAUUAAUGCAGAACGAGUCUUGAUACAUCAAGUUCAAUCGCACACAUUUUCAGAAGAGCUGAAGGCGUUAUCAAGCGGUCGUCCCAUUUCAACUAACAGCAAACUAAAGUCUCUACAUCCAUUUCUGAGUCAGGGAUUAAUUCGAGUAGGCGGUAGACUUCAACAUGCUUCUAUAUCCGAAUUUCAAAGGCACCCCAUUCUACUACCUGCAAGGCACAAGCUAACGGACGCUAUUCUCGAGCACACUCACCUAAAGUUACUUCAUAUCGGACCAUUGGGUUUAUUAGCCAAUACACGUCUAAGAUAUUGGCCUCUAAACGGAAGAAGCUUGGCCAGACGCGUUGUUCAUAAAUGUAUUACAUGCUUCAGAGUGAAGCCUAUCUCUCGACAACCCUUCAUGGGUGAUUUACCCGCAGCAAGGGUAAAUCAGAUGCGUCCAUUUGCCAGAUGUGGAGUGGACUUUUCUGGGCCUAUAUUCGUUCGUAAUGGUUUGCGUAAGGUUGUUUUGACCAAGGCUUAUAUUGCAGUCUUUAUAUGUUUCUCCGUUAAAGCUAUUCACUUGGAGUUGGUUAGCAGCCUAAGCGCUGACGCGUUUUUAGCAGCUUUAAGGAGAUUUAUGGCACGACGUGGUACAUGUUUGGACAUAUAUUCAGACAAUGGGACUAAUUUCGUGGGAGCACAUAGAGAGCUAAGGGCAUUGUAUGCAAAGAGCUCUACUGGAAAAACUGUCCAACAAAUCCUGACUGACGAGGAGAUCAAUUGGCACUUUAACCCACCUGGUGCCCCAAAUUUUGGCGGAUUAUGGGAGGCCGGAUCACCCAUAGGAAUAUCUAGAACUUCUAUAAGAUAUAUAAUAAAAUUAGCAUUAGAAGAAUAUCCAAAAGAUUUCAAAAUAGAAAAUAGAAGUAAUUUUAAUCAAAUUUUAGCUAAUCUUGUUUGGAAAGCCACAGUUGAAUCUAUAAACUAUACUCCAAAAUUAGUUUAUGCCCUACUAGGUUUUUUUGAAACAAAAUUAAUAAGAGAUAUUUUAUUUCCUGAAACAAUCACAGAAUUAAUCUUAGAAUUAGUACAAAUUUUAGAAAUAACUUAUACCAAUCUACAUUAA